GAGACCUGCGGGCGGCGCCGUGCGUGGGGCGGCGAAAUCUCGCGAGAGCGCGGCCGCUGCGGCAGGAGCGGCGCCGGGCGGCCGCCGCCACCCGCGACGGGCCCGUGGGGACGCUUUUGCGCAGCUCCCAGCUCCUCUCCAGCUUCCCUGCGGAGUUCUCUCAGCUGAGAGCGUGCCAGCAUGGCAGAGAAAGCCAACAACUUCCCCCCGCUGCCCAAGUUCAUCCCCCUGAAGCCAUGUUUCUACCAGGACUUCGACGCGGAGAUCCCGCCGCAGCACCGCACCAUGGCCAAGCGGCUCUACUACCUCUGGAUGCUGAACAGCAUCACCUUGGCGGUGAAUCUCGUUGGCUGCCUCGCAUGGCUGAUUGGAGGCGGCGGAGCUGUUAAUUUGGGACUGGCAAUUCUCUGGCUCAUUCUCUUUACGCCCUGCUCCUAUGUCUGCUGGUUUAGACCUAUUUACAAAGCUUUCAAGACAGACAGCUCCUUCAGCUUCAUGGCCUUCUUCUUCACCUUCAUGGCCCAGCUGGUGAUCAGCAUCAUCCAGGCCGUGGGGAUCCCUGGCUGGGGCGUCUGCGGCUGGAUUGCGGCAAUUUCCUUCUUCGGGACCAACGUGGGGUCAGCCGUGGUGAUGCUGAUCCCCACCAUCCUGUUCACGGGGAUGGCGGUCUUCUCCUUCAUCGCCCUCACUAUGGUGCACAAGUUUUACCGGGGGAGCGGCGGGAGCUUCAGCAAAGCGCAGGAGGAGUGGACCACGGGCGCCUGGAAGAACCCGCACGUGCAGCAGGCAGCGCAGAGCGCGGCGAUGGGGGCGGCGCAGGGGGCCAUGAUGCAGCACGAGACGCAGUACUCGGCCACCCCCAACUACACCUACUCCAACGAGAUGUGAGCCGCGGGGCUCCGUCCUCGGGAGGAAAGCACUGGGGGGGAAGGAGGAGGAAGGCUGAGUUGAGUUCCUGCAGCUGUUUCAGAUAGCCAGAGCGAACCAUAACCUUUCCCUGUUCUUUGUGACAGAAUCUACUUCCUUUUUUUCCCCCUUUUCCCCACCAUCACCUUGAGCUCCUUCUCU